GUGCAUUAUGCCAACCAUCUAGUUUAUUGCGACGUGAAAACGGUUACUGCGACUUUAGUAUUGAAACAAGUGCCGUGCGAGACUGUCUCGGUGUGCUGCAUCUUCGAUAUUAUAUAGGACGUGGAGUAUACGUCUCAGCUACUAAAUGAAGCUGUAACAUCCUCUUCUUGGUUAUACUCUUGUCGACCACAACUUCUCGUCUCAAGCAAAGACACAGCUAGAUCUUUAUCCAUUCGAUGCAUAUCUCUACUCCUUUCCUGCUGUUAGCAAUUUCCAUUGCCACCACGGCGUACCCGCUCCCGCUGAGCAAACUCGAGCGAUCAAUUCCGCAUCCCGAAUCCGUCGACGCGCUAUCCGAUGCCUUCUCCUUGGGUUCACUUCCGCUCAAGCGCACAGUGAAAAGUUGGGCGAACGAUGAUGCUCCAGCUCCUGAAGCAGAUGAUGAGGCAUCUAUACGCAAACGUGAUUCCCAGUAUGAGGAUGCGAAGCUUAGCCCCAUGUGGAAGGAUAUCACAGGUCCCGACGGUUGUCUUCCCAAGUAUAUUGAAAUGUUCGGUGAGAGGAGAGAGAUGUGGCAUCCACCGGGCUAUAAGGUCUGCGGCGAGGGGGACCGACAGAAAAUAGCAGGGAGAGGCCUGUUGGACAAGCUGAAAGACCUUGGUAAGUCUGUGGGAGAUGAGGUAAAGGGGGGUUUUGAACAAGUGAAGGAGGAGCUUGGAAAGAUCAAGAUUACGCCGCCAAAGGUGGAUAUUCCUCAGUGAAGGCACCGAUAAGCAGAUCAGGAAGAAACAGUCACACAUGCGGGUUGAAACAGUAUCCAACAGAAGUUACAAUAUAUAGGAAUGGAUGGGUUAUUUUCGGAUUUGAACUUACAGAGCGAUCUACAAUCGACUCUGGAUCUUUUCCAGUGUGUCUCCAAGCGCGUACUCACUCGCUACGGUCUUACUCCUCACUUGAUCUCCUUCCUCCUUCGUCACAUACCGCGCCUCUACCGCUGGAUUGUAGUCGAACAAACUCGCCUUUUUGAUCUCCUCGUCGCUGAGCUUCACACUCUUUUUCCCAUCCGCUCGCUUAUACACAUUCACCACGACCGCUCCGCCCAAGCCAAGGUUAUGCUGCAGUGCGAUAUCUGCGCCAUCGACAAGUCUGUUGUUUGCCCAUCCACG